CAAAUAUCGAUUCCUAUGAGUAUACAGAUCAAGAAAAAGAACUCAUCCAAAAAUGUAUCCGUCUAAUACAAGGCAGACACAGAGACAAUUCGAACAAUAAUAAGAAAGAUGAAGUAUCGAGUCCUUCUGAAGAAGUGACAGAUAUGAGUACCAGUAUGAUGUCGAGUAUCAUAUCGAAUAAUUCCAUCGAGCUGUGCUCUCCGGAGAGAGUGGUAAUAUCCGGAGAAUGUGCCCCUUUCCCGCCCGUUCCUGUAUCUCCUCCUGGUCCACGAAAUCCUGAACUUGUUCUGUACGUGCCAGAUAUGGAAGAGAUAAGGAUUUCGCCCGUGGUAGCAAGAAAGGGGUAUCUUAAUGUUUUGGAACAUAAAACACAUGGUUGGAAGAAAAGAUGGGUGGCUGUCCGCCGUCCUUAUGUCUUCAUAUUCCGAGAUGAAAAGGACCCCGUCGAACGAGCUCUCAUCAACCUGGCCACCGCUCAAGUAGAGUACUCGGAAGACCAGCUGGCUUUGGUCCGAUCGCCCAAUACUUUUAGCGUAGUAAGUAAGCAUAAAGGUUAUCUGUUACAAACGUUACACGAGAAAGAGGUGCACGAUUGGUUGUACGCCAUCAAUCCCCUAUUAGCCGGACAAAUAAGAUCAAAAUCUGCGAGACGAAAUCCACAGAACGUGACCGACACAAAGGGCAUAACGGUCAACUUGAAAUGAGAUUUGGUCAGUAUGGAAUCCGUAUUGGUUUAUUAGUAGCUUCAAUGUGUAUUUGUAAUUUCAAAAAAAUGUGAUCUGCUCGAUGAAAAGAACUUAUGAUGAUCCAAAUAUCAAUGUUGUUUAAUAUCGUUUACGUAAAUUUGAUGGCGAUAUAUACUUCAUCUAGUAUUUAAAUUUCUUCUGGAGAGACGUAAAAAACAUUGAAGGUUGUGAUUUUGUAUUAAUUCCUUCAUGAAUUUUAUUUGGAUUAUGCUCGAAUGGAUUCCAUACGUGAUUGAACGAGUUUGAAUUCUAGUCAUUUUUUAUUGUAAGUUUUUAUUUAUAUUUUUUUAUUUAUUACUGGUACUAUUAGAUUGUGAAUAAGAAGUUGAAUAAAUGAUAUAGAUAUAAAUUGAUGAGGAAUUACAGAAAGAGAUGAAUAACUUUGUUGAAAUCUAGUCUUUUACUCACAUAAUUUUGGGAACUAUCUCAAUGUGUUUAGAGAAAAUUUAAAGCUUAUUACUAUAGAUUAAAAAUGUAAUAAACAUAAAUGUACCAAUCUGAAGAUUCACCUAAAUAUUGGAAGUUUUACUGAUAAGGCCUCAUUUUUUAUGGUGCAAUAUCAAAUACUAUAUAAUAUAUGUGAGACACAGACAACUCCUUUAAGUUUAUUGGCACUUUAAGUGUAAUGUACAGGGUGUUACUUAUUUGGUGAUUGUUUCCAACCGCUUCUUAUUUCAUUUAUGAUUUCGGAUCGUACAUAAGUUUUAGCCAGAUGAAUAAUUUAUUAUUUUUGUUCAACUUUGUUUUCAAUGAAUUUGAUUCGCGUGGGUUUUGCAAAUGGAGGCAUUGUUGAUAGAAAUCUUGACUGACUUUUUAUUUUGACGAAACAUAUUAGUUAGUUAAGCGUGUGCCCAAUUUUUGAUUAGGUGGCACUAUUUGAAAAUUUAAUCCAUAUGGUGAGUAUCUAUAUAGUAAGUAAACUAUAAGUAUUUGUGUAAAAUGUCUUGGAAGAUUGGAUUGUUGAUAAAAAAUUUUAUCCUUAAUUGAGCAAGCUUUAUUUCUUCAUGCUGUAGUAGGACAAAUAAUCAUUUUGCAACAAAAGUUAACGGACUUGGGACUUUUGUGAAUAUACCUCUCUAUGCAAAUAGGCUGUUUGUGCCAAAGCUAUUUUCCGGCGAGAUCUGCAAGGUUUUUAUGCUUGACGUUUCGCCUACUACUGCGGUAGUAGGCAAUUUUUGCUCAUGUUCAAUAUUCCAACCGUAAGUACCGCAACGAAAGCACCACUAAUAUAUUUACUAAAGUUAGUUAAUCUUUUAAAUAUAUCAAUAGAUCUUGACUGGAAACUUUCCCAAUCAGUAGAUAUUCCGCAAAAAAAAUUGGAACAUAUGUUAAAUUCACCUAUUUAACCAGUAUUUCCCUCUACAGUUCUAGUACAUAUUUUACUAUUUUUAUACAUUCAUAAGUAUUUCAAGGAUUAUAUGAACUUUUAUUUUUUUUUAACCAUGUGACUAGACUGUAAUAGCUUGUUUGGAUAAUAAAUAAAUAAAUAAAUUAUCAGAGGCAACGCAGAAACUACAAUGUUGACAUAAGAAUCUACAGACCACGGACAAAAAAACCUGGAAACUAGCUUCGACACACUUAUCUCUAAUGUGACAGUUUACAGUCUUCAAAUAAGCUGUCUGUUGAAAUUAUGAAUGAAAUCAUUUUGCUCAAAUCAUAUCCUGAGCAAUUAAGUCCUCAAAAAAAUCAUCAAGUAUUGAUGGAAUUCGUAGCAGUUGAAAUUAUUAAACUUUUCUGUUAGCUUUUUGACAAAAAACUCAGAUGAAAUAUCAACGAAUUCCGUGUCUUUGCAAAAAAAAGGGUUUUUAUAGAUGAAUAUCUUGAGAAUAAUUAAACAUCUUAUUAGGUAAAUAUGUGAACAAAACGAACUACUUCCUAUCUUACAUAUAAUGAUAAUAAUAACACUAUUGAUUUUUAUGAUCGUAUAAGGAAUAAAAUGAGUUAAAUUCAAAAUUAAAAUAAUGACUUGCCCUCAUAUAAAAAUACACACUAAUAGAAUAAGAAUACAAAAAAGUACAUGGGAUAAACAUUCCUAUAUGAGAAAGCAUUUCUCAGCAUUUCAUGAUUAUAUUUUUCGAUCUUGUUCAUUCAAU